AUGACCGAAUCUGUUUCGACCCGGACGCUGUUUGCGUGUGCACUGGACGUGCUGACAACGGGCGAUGUCUCUGUCAAGGCGGACAAGACCAUCGCGUACGUGGCGCAGUGGAGGAGCGGUGCUAUCCACGUCGUUUGCAACGAAGACGACGAUGUGAAGACCGUACCGGAUCGUCCCGCACGACCAGAGAGCGUGCAAAUUGUUGCUGCGAACAAGGCCAAGCAAGGAUCGCGCAAGGCGUUCGUGCACAGCUUGGCUCAUGCCGAGAGCUACGCCAUCGAUCUCAUGUGGGACAUGGUGUGCCGAUAUGUGUCGCACGACCUGCCCCGUGCCUUUUACGACGACUGGGUCCGCAUUGCAGGGGAAGAAGCAGACCACUUCAACAGCUGGGCCCAUCGGCUGACGGAGCUAGGGAGUUUCUACGGUGACCUCACGGGGCACGAAGGUCUUUGGGACGCAGCGUACGAUACCCGCGCAAGUAUCCUAGCGCGUCUGGCUCUCGUGCAUCUCGUGCAUGAAGCUCGUGGACUGGAUGUCUUCCCAAAUGCUGUCGAGCGGUUCAAGAAAGCGAGCGACAGCGUGAGUCUGGAAAUCUUGCGUAAAAACUACCGCGAGGAGAUCACGCACGUGGAGGCAGGAGUGCGUUGGUUCCGGUACGUCGCUGAGCAAGACGGCGACGAGCCAAUUGCCAAGUUCCACGAACUCGUACCGCAGUACUACAAAGGCACGCUCAAACCACCUUUCAACAAGGAAGCACGGGACAAGGCUGGGAUGUCGGAGCAAUGGUACGUCCCGCUCAGCUCGAAACCGCAGGCAACGACAGCACAAUACUUGAGCACCACAGCGACCGAAGAGACGGCUGCUGCAUUGUCAACGAUCGAGUUGCACUCGACAACGUCGUAG